AUGGCAGUCUUUGAUUUACAUUCUAGAAAAUUCUUAGGCUAUUUAGAAUAUAAUAUCAAGAUAUUAUGCUUGUGUUUGGAAAUGAAUUAUGAUGGAAAUCAGAAUGAAGCUCUUUUAUUCUCUAAAAACCAUCGUCUCGUAAAAUAUGAUUUGAAAAGUCUGAUAGAUCUGUCAAAGUUGGGUUCUGACUCAACGAAAUCAAGUGAUAGCAAUAAUUCAUUAGCACCUAUUUGGACUUCAGAAAGAGAGAGAAAUGCUUUUGGAAUGUGUAUUGAUUAUUCAUCUAAUAUUGAGAAUAGAAAGCUUUAUGUAUGUGAAGAUGAGGAAAUUAUAGUAUAUUCAGCUCAUAAUGGCCUAUUAAUCACUACAAUUUACAUUUCAGAUGCUUGGGGAAUUAGAAUGAAUAGAAAUGGAGAUUUGAUAUAUUCAUUAUUCUACAAGGGUAUAUUGGAAAUUAUCAAAAGACCUAAUCUUGAAAACUUAGAUUUCAAAAAAAGAGAUUUUGUUUGUGGAACAGAUGAGGGAGGCUCAUAUUAUGCCAGCGGUAUUGCAAUUGAUCCAAAUAAUGGCAAUAUUAUAGCUGCUUUGCAUUCCCUUAUUGUAUUAUUUAGUCCUGAUGGAAGAGAAAUUAGAAGAAUUAAUACACAGAGUGCUCAAGGAUGUAUUCUUGAUGAGACCAGUGGAACUCUUUACAUUGCAUCCAAUGGUACAAAGACAAUUUAUGUUUACAAUUAA